GUGGCCAGAUAUUGAAAGGAUUAUGACUCCUGCGAUCAUUGGGAUGAAGUGUCCACGGUGAUAGAAGAGCACUUUCAAUCAUCUCUCGAGUUAUCUAAAGUCUAGCAAUUAUGUUUGCUCCCCGAUUCAAAGAUGGCUCAGGCCUUACCCAGCAAAUGCUCAACUUCCUCAUCAGUCCAAGAGCAGACCCCAACAACGUGCGCAAGAUUACCUUCAAAGGUCGCAACUGGACUGGUAACCUUCCGCUGGUGGAGCAUGCUUUCAGCAAAAUGCAUGGUCUGAAGAAAGUACAUUGGGAGAUUCGCCAGCCUCUGACCGAUAGCAUCUUGCACUCUCUCGAAGAAAAUAACCCAGAAUCCAAGUUGUACUACAACUUCCAUAGUUUCGAUAAGUAUAUCAAGGCAAAUUCGUCUUUGGUCAACUCUAAGCUCUUGUACUCGUCGAAGGGAAAUAUCAGCUAUGAAUACUAUGCAAAUUACGAGCCUUUGGAUUUUGUUUUUGCAGCUUUGUCGAAUGCAUCAAAUAUCAGGGAGCUCGAUCUCUACCUUCACGCAGAGGGAUGCGAUCGGAGCGUCGACAAUCCCUGGGUAUUUCCUUUUUUAACCAAUCCCUCCACACGGUUUGCACCACUAGAAGUACUAAAGCUACAAGGAUACGAGCUAGAUGAGACGUGUGAUUGGGGAAUUGCCUCGGCAUGGCGAAAAUACCGUGCUGAAUGGAAUGUUGUAGAACUAAAGGAAUACGAGGGCGAUGACGGCGAUGACGCAGAACCGCCUCCGCGGCCCCGCUCUCCCAGCACUGAGGCAUCUCUCUAUCAAUGCGGCUAGUGGAUGGGCUGCCACACAAGACGAGAUCCUUUCCUUCGUGACGAACGGAACAACGAACCUUCUUCACUCACUCUCGCUCCAGAACAUGGGUGCCGAGUCAGGAGACAAACUCAUCCAAACCCUUACAUCCUUACCGAAUCUCACACAAGAACUGAGACAUUUCUCCUACGGCGCUAGUGGAGAGAACAUUUUCUUCCUCGAGCAGAGCAAGCUCUCCCUCCUCUUGGCUAAAAGUCCAAAACUCGAGCACUUGGAUCUGAAUGUCCCUCGGGACUUCAACUUGUCACCGAAUAUCUGUGGACUUCUGAACGAUAUCCUCUCAACGCCAACACUCAAUCAUUUAACAUUGCGAUUUCCGACUCCGGAUGAGCAUUUUAACGCGCCGGGUAUCUCGUACUACGAG